AUGGUAGCGGCGACGAGCCGAGGCUGGGAGUCAUUUAUCUGGCUGGAUUUGGACUGGGGCGACUGUGCUGAAUAUGGCGGCAGGAUAGUGUGCACGCGUGACCAGAACACGGGCGACGAUUACCUUGGGUGUCAUUACUUUGGCACUCCGUGGCAAUACGAUCUUCCUACUGUGUGGGAGGGUAUCGUUCGCCACGUGAAGCCUAAUAGGUGCUCGUACCGGUGCAACGACCAAGACGAGCACGACAAACUACUGACUGUUCGCCGAGCGCUGGAGAUUGCGGGUUCGAUUCCCGGCGUUGACUUGGACGGUGUCAGCGAACAGGACCUGUAUACAAUCGGACGGGAAGUUAAACUAUCCCUGGAUUUCUGGAAGCAUCAUGAUGGGAGCCCAUUUGAGGAGGUAAACCCGCCCAGGUUGGGAGACUGGUUUGACCGCUGCAAUGGAUCGGCCGAGACACUUUAUGAGAGUUUGGUCCGAACUCCGUCGGAGGACGUCGAGCACAUGCGGUUUGGGGGAGUCACUGGGUUCUGGACAGACAAGUACUUGCCGCCGUACUAUAGCGCUGCAGUUCGUACAGAAGGCUAUGACGUAAAACACCACAGCAUCUAUUGCUAUUUUUUAAGUGAGAGCUCCAAGCAGAAGAUUCUAAACGCCUGGAACAAGAUCGCCCCUGCCUAUCGCCGUCCGGCUUCGUAG